CAUAACGUACGUGUCCCGGCCUACCUAUUGGUCAUCUUUUAUACCUUACACAAUGCAAUAUUGCCUUGGGUCCAACUCCAUAAGUAGCAACAGAUCGAGCUCAUGUAGCAGAAAGAAAGUAUCACUCAUCAGCCUGCUUGCCUGCCUGCCAUGGAUCCCUACAAGGAGCUUCAGAUCGUCCUCACCGAUGGUACGUUGACUAGACUACUCCACGUUCCUGAAACCCCUCCCACAUCCGAUCCUACCCUUCACAUCCCAGUUCUCUCUAAAGACAUCUCCAUCAACCAAUCAACCAACACCUGGGCGAGGGUUUUUUUGCCCCGAGAAGCACUUCAUGAUAGUCCCUCCUCCACCAAGCAGCUACCUCUCGUAGUUUGCUACCAUGGGGGAGGGUUCGUCCUAUUUAGUGCAUCCUCAACUGUUUUCCAUGAUUUCUGCGUGAACAUGGCGACCGAACUCCGCGUCAUCAUCGUAUCGGUCGAGUACAGGCUUGCCCCGGAACAUCGGCUUCCGGCAGCGUACGAUGAUGCCAUGGAGGCUUUGCACUGGAUCAGAACCACCCAGGAAGAUUGGGUGAGAAAAUAUGCUGAUUUUUCGAAUUGUUUUCUCAUGGGCGGAAGUGCUGGGGCUAACAUCGCCUACAAUGCAGGGCUUCAUGUAGCCAAGGAAGAUGAUAAUCUUGAGCCACUGAAGAUCCGAGGGCUGAUAAUGAUCCAGCCAUUCUUUGGUGGGGACCGGAGGACUGGGUCAGAGCUGAGGCUUUUUAAUGAUCCCAUGUUCCCACCAUGUAUGAGUGAUGUUAUGUGGGAGUUGUCGUUGCCAGUUGGGGUCAAUCGUGAUCACGAGUAUUGCAAUCCAACGGUGGGGGGAGGAUCCAAGCUCUUGGAAAGGAUCAAGGUGCUAGGAUGGAAGAUUCUGGUGACUGGCUGUGAUGGGGACCAAUUAUUUGAUCGUCAGAUGGAGUUUGUGAAGCUGCUGGAGACGAAGGAUGUGGGAGUGGUGGGUCAUUUUGGGGAAGGAGGUUUUCAUGGGGCUGACUUUAGAGACCCUGUGAAGGCCAAGGCUCUUUGGGUGAUUUGCAAGGACUUUGUGUUGUCUUGUUUGGCAGUUUAAGACAUCAAUAUUAGAUAGAAUUAUUUUUCUCAU